CAUACACACAGUGAUGAAAGAAAACGUUUCGGUGCGUUCGGAGCGUCACGCUUGUAAAAUAUCAACAAUUGAAAAUAUUUAAUAAUAAGUAACAAAAAAAAUGGAAAACACAUCGGAAACAGUUGAGAAUAAUGGAGACAUUAGUUUUGGAGAAGCGAGGUGUAACAAGUGUGAAAAAUAUAAAAUUGACUUUUUGUGUCUCAAGUCAAAAAUAUUCAAAUCAAAAGAACUAAUAGAAAAAUACAAAAUCCUGAAAGAAAACCUUUACAGAGCAAAAGAAUGCACAAAAGAAAAAGAAAAACUCCUCGAAAGCGAACGAAGCGCAAAUAAAGCGUUCCGCCUGAAGAUGAACUCAGAAAAGCUGGCAAUAAACACAGUAACAAAAGAAAAAUCUCAGUUGAUAAAACAGAUCGAGGAACUAGACACGAAGCUCCAGGCCCAAACAAAGUAUAACGAGCAGCUGAGUUCAAAAAUCGAGGAGCUGGAGAACGAGUACAAAGAAAAAUUAAUGGACAAAGACCUGAAACUUUCAGGACUUAAAUUAGACAACCAAGAGCUGAAGAAAAAGCUUCAGGCGUACCAGAAAAAAGACCCGAAGUUAGCGAAGAAAAUGGAGCUAUUAGAGAAGCAGAAGAAGCUAAAAAAGUCCCAGCCGUUUAACUCGACCCGGCACACGGGCUUGGUCGACCUCUCUGCCCUGGAUAACGUCUCCGAGGAACCUGGAAACUCCCCGGAACACGAGGUCGACAUUCCCCUGGAGCAAGAGGUUGAUAUUUCCCUGGAAGACAUUUCAACAAGGGACCAAGGAACCGACACCUGCGACCUCUCCUUUGAGGUAGUUCCUGCCCCCAGAAAACGCGGUUCCAAGAAGAUCAUGCGGAACAUGGAGUGCCAGGUCGGUCCCAAGCUCCAGGAUCAGUCUACCAUAACCGAGAACGUGAGUCGUCGUCAGGAAUUGUAUCCUCUGUACUGCAAAGAGUGUCACAAAUCCCUUGGCCCGAAGCCGAUCGACGAAAUCUUGAACACCAUGACCUCCCUUUCGCCUAAACUUGACGCUAUAGAGCCUCCAGAAGCCCCCAGAAGGUCCUUACCAUUUAUUUUACCCUCCACGAGCACCUACAAUGACGAUGUAACCCAAAACGCGGUCGAAAUAGCGCGAUUUGCUUCUCGACAAGAUGGCGGACAGGUGUCACAAAAUGGCGGAGAGAAAAUUGAAAAGAGACUGGGAAGGAUUGAAAAACAGCUCAAAGGGUUACAGAAGGGACAGGCUCCGUGUUGUGGACACACUGGUGGAGGGGAUUUGCAGGUUAACUUGCUGACGACGCUCCUGGAGAAAGUUUUGAGGAAGAGUCCGGUUAAGAGGAAACGGAAGGAACUGAAGGGAAGAGUUGCUAAGAAAAAAGUCAAGAGGAAUUCUCGAGUUCAUGAGAAGAGUUCUAGGUCUAGGAAGAAGAAACGUUCGAGAAUGUCUAGGAGUUCGUCUAGAAGUUCGUCUGAUAGUUUAAGUUCUGAGAACUCGAGUUCUUCUGAAAGUUCUAGAAUUUCGAGUUCCUUGAGAAGUUCUUCAAUGUCUAGGAGUUUGUCUAGAAGCUCUAGAAAGUCAUGUUCCAGGAACCGUAAGGGUUCCAGUUCUAGGAACCUUUCUCGUGUUGGUUCUAGGAACCGUAAUAGUCCAAGUCCCAAGAACAACAAACGUUCUUUAGAUUCUAGAUCUAGGAACCUUGAACGUUCCAUAGGUUCCAAUUUCAAGAAUCUUUCUCGUUCAAGUUCCAGGAACUGUAAUGGUCCUAGUCCAAGUUCCAAAAACAACAAACGUUCCAGAUCUAAGAACCGUGAGCCCUCCGUAGGUUACAAUUCCAAGAAUCCUUCUCGUUCAAGUUCCAGGAACUGUCAUAGUCCUAGUCCAAGUUCUAAGAACAACAAGCGGUCUAACAGUUCCAGUUCCCAGAAUCGCAAUCAGUCCAGGAACCGUGAGCGUUUCAAGAGUCUUAGUAAGGAACUAACUCCCAGAAGUUCUUCAAAGGAUUCUAUUUUGAGCCGCGUUCGUAAACCUAGAAGAAGAUUAAUAUCAGACGACGAACUGGAACCGUUCCAAGAACCAACGAACAGCGAGAGUGAUAUCAGCGUUCCAAAGUUCAAGAACCCUGUGUCUGCAGUUAAGAACCGACCCAAUCCUGAAAUGUUUAGUCCAGAUUUGAUAUCUAAAACUAUAAAUAACACUCUAGAAGUUCCGGAACCUAAACGCAAGGGAACCAAGGGUCCGAAGACUACUGCGCAAGUGCAGACGCAGUUACUCAAGAAGUUGAGGAAAUUGAAGACCAAUAAACCGGCGACGACUCCCUGUUCCGGUUCCUUGACGCCCACGGAAGUUUGCGAAGUUACGAAGCGCAAAAGAAUUGCCCAUGUUCCAAAGGAACAGGGAGAGGUUACGCAGCCGGUUAAAAAGAGAAAGACUAGAUCGAUGGCUGCUAAGAAAAGUGAUUGUUCCGGUGAAAUACCGAAGGAUGUUAUGGAACCUGAGAACGGAACCGAGAACAAAGAAACUAAGGUUCUAGAAAGUUCUUCACCGAAGGCUAUUUUGUUGAAAGAAGUUCCGGCUGUCAAGAGGCGUGGUAGACCUCCGAAAAAUAAGGAGGAUGGGGUGGUCAAGAAAAAGUAUACUAGAAAAACAGUUCCGGGGAAAAAAGCGGUUCUAGAAAGUUCCGAGGCUUCAGAUAAUGUUCCAGAAAGUUUAAAAGAAGUUCCAAGUGAAAAUGAAAGUAGUUUAGAAGCUGAGAACAGUAGAAAAAAAGUUCUGGAGGGUUUGGAACCUGAAGCAGCUGAGGGUUCGGAAGUUCUGGAAAGUUCCAAGACAGAUGUGGAAAAUUCUGAUGUUAGUACAGUUCUGGAAAAAUUUGAGGUUCUAGACAAACCACAAGCUAUGGAAACUUCUGAUACUCCAGUUGUAGAAAAUUCUAAGGAGAGUUUAAAAGUUUUAGAAAGUUCGAGUGAUCAAACUUCAAAAGUUGUGGAAAGUUUGAAUUCUGAGACUCCGGACCUUCUAGAAAAAUCAAUUCCAGAACGUUCAAGUGCCCUGUCUUUGGAAGCUCUAGAAAGUUCUGAUGAAGAAAAUUCAGUUAUAGAACGUUCAAAUGUUAAGACUUCAGACAUCAAAGAGACUCCAGAACUUCUAGAAAGUUCAACUGUCAAAUCUUCUGAAGGUAGUAAACUCGCUGACAUAGGACUUCCACUUCUAGACAGUUUAAUCGACGAGACUCUAGAACAUGAACAUUCCGUCAACAGUCCAGAAGUUAUGGAUAGUUUAAACACCGAGUCUCCAGCAAGUCCAGAUCCAGAAGGUUCCAUUGAAGCGAAUCUGACAAAUAUAUUAACUGAAACUUCAGCAGAACCCAAUAAUCUAGAACUGGAACCAAAAGAAUCAAAUGUAGAGAACAUUCUAAAAUCUCCUGAAUCUCCAGAUCCUACAUCUGACGAACUAAUUCUAGAUACCGCCACAAGUUCUGAAUCUCCUGAAAUUUCUCUCGGCAUCGACAUCGCAAUGAAUAUAGAGAUUUCCGAAGAAGACACCGCAGUAAGGUCGGAGUUGAAGGAUAUGGUUGUAGAAAGUUCCUCAGAAGCUUCCGAUAUCGAGAUGGACGUUGAGACGACUCUAGAACCUGCAUCUCCAGAACCUGAGACUGAAGUUCCGGAAAUAAUUACAGAUACUUCCGAGAAUGCUACAAUUUCAGUUCCGAAGAUUCUAGAACCAAUAAAACUAGUCACAGUACCUAGAAUGCUUCCGAAAACUAUCGAGAAACCUUGCAAGUCCAACAAACCCAUCGCUCUAGGACGCAAAAGUUCCAACGCCAAGAUGCCAGAAGUGAUCGUCACGAAACCCGAUUCUGAAGUUCUCGAAAGCCAGAACAGUUCCAUGAAUACUAGAACUUUGAGAAGUCGCACUGUUUCUAUUAGUCCGUCACGGGUUCUGCCAAAAAUUCGUAGAAUUUCACCAACAAAAAAUCUUCCAGAAGUUCCGCUGAUAUCUCCUGGAACUCUAGAAAAUGACUCGAAGCCUUUAGAAUCUAGAAUCUUGAUUAAUGGAACAGCUGUUCCUAGAACCUUAGUUCCCGGAAUAACCAGUCUUGUCACUAAUGUUCCUGGAACAUUGGAUCAUAAUAGCUCAGUUCCUGGAACAGCAGCUCUUAAAGACUCAGUUCCUGCAACACCAGUUCCCAGAACAUUCGUUCCUGGAAGUUCAGUUCCUGGAACAGCAACUCUUGAAAACUCAGUUCCUGGAUCAGUGACUCUUGAAAACUCAGUUCCUGGAACAUCCGUUCCUAGAACCAUGGAACCACCAUUAACAACUGAAAUCUUACUAAAAAAUUCCGAUUCUCAUUCAGAAAAUUCAAAUGUUCCAAAUGAACAUCAACGCCAAAGAAGCAUCCAGAACCUUCUAGAUUUCUACCUCUUGACAAGAACCACGCCUGUGAUCAUCCAGAACUCUGGCUUGCACAGAAAUGUUGCCAUAAUGCUGUCAGACUCCGCGACGAAGAAAAUCAUAACCGAGUUCCAGCGAUUUCUAGACUCCGAAUGGACUUGCGAACUCAACAACAGUUUAAUCGCGAACUUGAGAAACCUGGAACCCGUCAGCAUCGCUAGUGCUCUUGUAGAAGUUCUGAAAGAACGCGCAGAACUACAUGAACCUCUAAGUUACGAACACACGCCACCAGCGCCUCCUAUGACUGUUUCUCAGCAUAAGUUCAUCGGGUUCUUGGCCAAAUUCGAAAUUGAACGACCUGGAACCAUGGAACACGUCAUGGUUAUCAUUGCUCAAUCAUUGUUCAAGAUUAAAACGAACAAAGACGACGAUGAAAUCGAUGUCGAAGCUCUGCAGGCACUGUCUAGGUUCUUUAUUUUGAUUACCAAGAUCAAGAAAGAUCGGGAACGUGCUAGAAUUUUCUUAUGCGACGCCCUCUACGCUCUUCAGAAAAAAACUUUUUAUAUCUUACAUAUCUUUAUGACUUGCUGGGCUGAAGUUAUUCCACGUUAUGACGAAAGUACCAUGAGUUUUUUACCGAAAAGGGAAAAUUUGACACAAAAUGGCGGCCAGGGAACACAAAAUGGCGGCUCUGAACAAGAUGGCGGUCAAGUAAACCAAACUCCAAGCUUUUAUAGCGAAAUUAGUGAAACUUUACCUUUAAAGACUGUUGGAAGCCCAAAUGGAGGACAAGGAUCACAAAAUGGCGGACGUGGACAAGAUGGUGGACUAGGAACACAAAAUGGAGAUCCUACCAGUCAAAAUGGCGGACAAGGAACACAAAAUGGCCGCGGUAGACAAAAUGAUGUGAUAGAAACCCGGAAAAAAUAUUUAGUAAUUAGUAUCGCGACUGUUAUUAAAAAUCACCGAGAUCAUUCGAAAAACGAUAACAUAAGUCAAAAAAUUAUUAAUGUAAAAAGAUUACUCAAAACUUUGUACAAUUAUCCCGAUGAGUUUAUAAGUACGAAGGUAAUCGAGAAUUUGUUGGAAGCGCUAAAGGUCAAGAGAGACAACAGCUGUUUAAUAGCCGCCAUUGUUCUGCUCGCCAAGAGAGAGGGCUCGAAUUGGACUUCUCAACAUGUCGUGCCGAAGUUGGUCAAGAUGGUCGACACAGGUGGCGCCAGAAAUAACGCCUAUGAUAUUUUAACGUUACUCGGUUAUAUUUUGCGACCAUUCCCACUAAACGAUGAAAGCAAACAAGUAGAGAACGUUAUCAACCGAUUAUGUCAGAUUUUAGACGCCAAAACUGACCCAGUUGAAUUUCAAGAAGGAGCCGCAAUGGCGCUAAUGUCGCUCGCGAGAAACAAUUUUGCCAAAAGUGCGCCGACACUUCUCAGAUGGCGCCCCAGUCGGCCAAUCACAGGCGAGCUAAAGACUAAGCUCCAGCACUGGUUCGAGUCGAGGACACCGCAAUAUUGGAACCAGUUCCUCAAAAAUAAUGACCUCACAGUUGGAAAAGGGUCCAAGUUGAAAUAAUUUUUCAAUAAAUUAGUCUAAUUAAUUAUUUAAUUUUAUUUUCUAGAAAAAAAAAAAAAUUCGAGGCUAAAUUAUAAAAAAAAA